UGAUCAUGUGACUCAGCUUUACAGGUUAGAUUCACGCUUCUCAGUCAGUCCACAGCUGACCAACUUGUAAAGACAUUUAGAACAUGAGGCUGUUGAAGGAAACUCUGGGUUUCCUGUUACUGUGGGCCUGUCUGGACUCUGCGCACUCAAGGAGCUGCGCGUCCUUCUUCUGCCGAAAAUCUCACCGUGUCAGCGGACUGAAUGGAGUGGAUCCCGGCUCUCCUCUCUUUCUCACUCCUUACCUGGAGAAGGGAGCCAUAGAUGAAGCCAGGAAACUGAGUCUGGUGGGGGAACUGCCAGGUGCCAACGUCAAAAGCUAUGCCGGGUACCUCACCGUCAACAAAAAAUACAACAGCAACCUCUUCUUUUGGUUCUUCCCUGCGCUCAUGCCAGUCCAAGAGAAAGCUCCAGUGCUGCUCUGGCUGCAAGGUGGACCUGGUGGCACCUCCAUGUUUGGUCUGUUUGUGGAACAUGGACCGUAUGUGGUUUAUAAGAACUUGACUGUUGGUUUGAGGGAUUUCGCUUGGACAACGAGAUACUCAGUUUUGUACAUUGACAAUCCAGUUGGAACGGGUUUCAGCUUCACUAGUGAUGACAGAGGUUUUGCUCAGAACCAGGAUGACGUUGGCAGAGAUCUGUACAGUGCUUUGACACAGUUUUUCCAGAUCUUUCCUGAGUAUCAGUCCAAUGAGUUCUAUGCAACUGGAGAGUCUUAUGCAGGGAAGUAUGUUCCUGCCAUUUCUUACUACAUCCACAAAAACAACCCCACUGCCAAGGUGAAAAUCAACUUUAAGGGGAUGGCGAUUGGUGAUGGGCUCUGUGACCCAGAAGUGAUGCUCGGUGGUUAUGGUGAGUUCAUGUACCAAACGGGCAUGAUCGACGAACAGCAAAAACAGUACGUUGUCCAGCAGACAGACAAAGGGGUGGAGCUCAUCCAGCAGCAGAAGUGGGUGGAGGCUUUUCAGGUUUUUGAUAGCCUGCUGAAUGGUGACGUGGACCCAUAUCCCUCCUUCUUCCAAAAUGCUACAGGCUGCACCAACUACUUCAACUACAUGACAUGUCAGGAGCCCGAAGACCAGGAGUACUUCUCCCAGUUUGUGACUCUGCCGGCAGUGCGACGUGCCAUCCAUGUGGGCAACUUGACGUUUCAUGACGGCUCAGAGGUGGAGAAACACCUCCUGCAGGAUGUGAUGAAGAGCAUCAAACCAUGGCUGGGGGUGCUGAUGGAGAACUACAGGGUCUUAAUAUACAGUGGUCAGCUGGAUGUAAUUGUUGCUGCUCCUCUGACUGAGAGGUUCCUACCUACUGUUAACUGGACCGGGGCUGCCGAUUACAUAACAGCCCCACGCUACCACUGGAAGGUUCAGCCCACCGACACAGAGGUGGCAGGUUACGUAAGACAAGUCCGUGAGUUUUACCAGGUCAUAAUCCGAGGAGGGGGACACAUUCUGCCUUACGACCAACCAGCGAGGUCCUUUGACAUGAUUGACAGGUUCCUUUCAACACGAGGCUGGAUAUGAAAUGUUUCAGUGUUGACACACAGCUGAUCAAAGCCCCUCUACCUUAAAGAUCAUAUUCUUGGUCAAUGGCUGUUGAUUUAAAGACUACUGAUUGUCACAUCCAGUGUAAAUCAGCACAAUUGCACACCUUUGCAGCUGAUUUGUUAUUUUUAAGUGUUUUAGCAGAGACGACAUUUGGUUUAGGACUUUGAACUGCUCUGUAAUGCACUGCAAAUGAAAUAAGUUCUCUUCACCUGCAUUCAGACCUCUGAAUCGCUGUCCACAUUUCAGAAUUUGAUUCAAAUAGCAAAAAUUAAAUACAAACUAAAACGUAGUUCAGCGUGGUUAUCAGGUCUGAAUUCAAUGAAAAUCAUUUUUGUUUUGUUUUUUCUUUUUGUGACUGUAAGGGAAAUCUCGUUUCUAUUAUAAGCAGUCAGUACAGGCAUGAAGAUUAAAUAUAAAGAAGCCUUGAAACUAAACUGAAAUAAAAUGUUUUUUUUUCUAAA